GCCUUUAUGGAUUAUGGUCUUCCCGGUAAAUGUCAUGCAACGCUGUGUUUCCAGUUACGUCUGCACAUCUGAAUUCUGAAAUUCUAAAAAUUUAAUUUAUCAUUCAGUUUGUUUUUCUGCAAUUCGAAGCUUAUCCAAAGCUCGUGCUAUCAAUUUUGGCCUUUCAGGUAACAGUAGGUUGCUCUUGCUCUAAUUAGUACGGGUCGGCACAUGUAAAGCUUUCUUUACAGUUAGUUUCCAUUAAAAUGGGUGAUAAAAAAAUCAUUCCAAUACCUGUUUACAAUGAUGUCUCAUUUGAACUCUUUAACGAGAUUCAUUCUAGAAGAAGCCCUGCAAUCCUUAGGGGAUUAAACAUUGGAAGUUGUCUAGGAAAGUGGACAGCUGAAUAUCUUUCACAAAUUGUUGGGAAUAAGCCAGUAAAGAUUCAUGUAUCUGAAACUGGGCAGAUGAAUUUUUUAACAAAAAAUUUUCAGUAUAAAACAAUGCCAUUUGAUCAACUAAUCAAAAGGUCUUCAUCAAAUCAGCACGAAGAUUAUUUUCUAACAAACACAGAAGUAUACUAUUUGAGAGCUCUUGGAACUGACUCAAGAGGAAGAGAGGUUGCAAACAUGGAGAAUCACUAUCCAGAGCUUUACCAAGAUUUUCAAAUUCCUCAAUUCUUGGAAGCAAGUUCAAUUUUUUCUAGUGUACUAAGGGUGGCAUCGAAAGGGGUUCAAUUAUGGACACAUUAUGAUGUCAUGGAUAACCUACUUGUCCAAGUUACUGGCAAGAAACGAGCUGUCCUCUACUCUCCAGAAGAUAUUUCAUACCUCUAUUUAGAAGGCGACAAAUCUCAAGUUGUCGAUAUUGACAAUCCGAACCUGGAACGUUUUCCUGAAUUCGUCAAAGCCACUGCGCACGAAUGUAUCAUGGAGCCCGGUGACAUUCUUUUCAUCCCGGCUCUAUGGUUUCACAAUAUGACAUCCCUCAAUUUCUCCGUAGCAGUCAACGUUUUUUGGCGAAACUUGAGUCCAGAUGUGUACGAUAAAAAAGACCCAUACGGCAACAAAGACCCUCUUCCGGCCUCAAAAGCGUUGGAGAUGGUUGAAUCUGCCUUGAAGCACCUGUCUCUGCUGCCAGAUGAGUACCAACGUUUUUACAAGAGGAGAAUCGUUUCUCGAGUCCAAAAAAAUCUUUGACUGUUGUAAUUUUCCGAUUUUAAAAAUAAAGAAGUGCAUUCGGUCUU